GGCCGGUUCGAAUGCGCGGUGGCCCCGCCCCCCAGCUCGCGCGGCGGACGUGCCUGUGCGGCGGCGGCUCGUGCGGCGCGCGCGCAGCGGCUCCGCAGGGUAACCACAGCAAUGGAUGAUUACACAAAAAUAGAGAAAAUUGGGGAAGGUACCUAUGGUGUUGUGUAUAAAGGUCGUCACAAAACCACAGGCCAAGUGGUUGCAAUGAAGAAAAUACGUCUAGAAAGUGAGGAGGAAGGUGUUCCAAGUACUGCUAUCCGAGAAAUUUCUUUAUUAAAAGAGCUGAAUCAUCCCAAUAUAGUCUGUCUUCAGGAUGUUCUCAUGCAGGAUUCAAGACUGUACCUCGUCUUUGAAUUUCUUUCCAUGGAUCUCAAGAAAUAUUUGGAUAGUAUUCCAUCUGGCCAGUAUUUGGAGCGUUCACGUGUUAAGAGUUAUCUGUACCAAAUUUUGCAAGGUAUAGUUUUCUGCCACUCAAGAAGAGUUCUGCACAGAGACUUGAAACCUCAGAACCUCCUGAUAGAUGACAAGGGGGUGAUUAAACUGGCGGACUUCGGAUUGGCCCGAGCCUUUGGAAUUCCAGUGCGGGUUUAUACUCAUGAAGUAGUGACACUGUGGUACAGGUCUCCAGAGGUGUUGCUGGGAUCUGCUCGUUACUCUACUCCUGUAGAUAUCUGGAGCAUAGGGACCAUAUUUGCUGAGUUGGCAACUAAAAAGCCACUUUUCCAUGGGGAUUCUGAGAUUGACCAGAUCUUCAGAAUCUUCAGAGCUUUAGGGACCCCCAACAAUGAGGUGUGGCCUGAGGUUGAAUCCCUGCAAGACUAUAAAAACACAUUCCCAAAAUGGAAACCUGUCAGCCUUGAAACACAUGUCAAAAACUUGGAUAAAGAUGGACUUGAUCUGCUGGCUAAAAUGUUAAUUUAUGAUCCUGCAAAAAGGAUUUCUGGCAAAAUGGCCUUGAACCAUCCAUAUUUUGAUGACUUGGACAAAUCCACUCUUCCUGCUAAUCUGAUUAAGAAAUAGCUAGACUUUUGGACUAAAUCAUCCAGAGUGAAAUAAUUAUGAUUACUUUUACUCUUAAGUCAGUAAUUUGUAUGUCUGUCUUUUUGCUCUUAAGGCUGGUUGUAUUCAGUUUGUUUUAAGUGUUAUCUAAGUGUAAAUAUUAACCUGUUAGUGCUGUGUUCAAAUACAAUGCAAAUAUUACUGCAAUUAAUGCAGUCAACUUUCUAUAAAUAAAGCUUUAAUCCCA